CACACAACAGUACAAAUCGGGCACUGACUUCCACAGGAUCACUCUAACCAAUCCAAAAUGUACAAACUUAUACUCGUUGCUGUCUUGCUAACAGCUAUGGUUCUAGCCCAGACCCCGGUCCGUCAGUGUCCUAACGGAGCUCCACUGCCGGCCACCGUGAAGAUCAACGAUUGCACUGUCUCGCCAUGUGAUCUGGUUAAUAACGCACCAAUCCUAGCCCACGGUUGGAAUAUCGUUAGCCCCGUAGAUACUGUAAGCCUAACGGCGUACAUCAGUGUCCAUCUGCUCGGACUGGAGAUUCCCUUCCCGAUUCCGGAAGAACUGGUUAAUGCGUGUGAGAAUGGAGUCGCAUCCGGUACCUGCCCGGUUUCGGUCGGACAGUCCUUCAACUACACGCUGGAUCAUCCCGGUAUGGAGAUGCCGGUCGUUGGAGUUACGGUGCAGAUUCAGGUGGGACUGACGGCAGCCAACGGUGCGGCCGUGACUUGUGUGGCGUUCGACGGAAGGAUUCUUGCUUGAACACAGCUGGGUUUAUGAAGUAGACUAUCUCAUACUUCUAGUUUUGAUAGCAAAUUUGGUGCUGUUGUUGAUCAACAAACAAAAAACUUCAAAAACAUUCGAUUUAGUCA